UGAAGGUUCACUGCGGUGACACUGUCGUUAGCUGUCUGCUCCUGCAUAGUAAUCCGUUUUAGCAACAAUGUCUGGUCGUGUCCUCGUCGGAGUUAAGCGUGUCAUUGACUACGCUGUUAAGAUUCGUGUGAAGCCAGACAACACUAGCGUGGUGACGGAUGGUGUAAAGCACUCAAUGAACCCCUUCUGUGAGAUCGCAGUGGAGGAGGCGGUCAAGAUGAAGGAGAAGAAGCUCAUUAAGGAGGUUGUGGCUGUCAGCUGCGGGCCACAGCAGGCACAGGAAACCAUCCGUACUGCCCUUGCCAUGGGAGCAGACAGAGGCAUUCAUGUGGAAGUGACUGGGAAGGACUAUGAAACCCUGGGACCCCUGCAGGUCUCCAAGAUCAUGGCCGCUUUGGCCAAAAAGGAGGACGCUCAACUCGUCAUCCUAGGCAAACAGGCCAUCGAUGAUGACUGCAAUCAGACCGGCCAGAUGACAGCAGCCUUACUGGACUGGCCUCAGGGUACCUUUGCAUCAGAGGUGUCACUGGAAGGCGACAAGCUUAAAGUGGUGAGAGAGAUUGACGGUGGCCUGGAAACUAUUAAAAUCAACACACCAGCAGUGGUUACCGCAGACCUUCGACUAAACACCCCCAGAUAUGCCACACUGCCUAACAUCAUGAAAGCCAAGAAGAAGAAGAUAGCUAACGUGAAGCCUGCGGAUUUAGGGGUGGACAUCACGUCACGGUUGGAGGUGUUGAGAGUGGAUGAACCCCCACAGAGACAGGCUGGAGUCAAGGUGGAGACAGUGGAAGACCUGGUGGGCAAGCUGAAGGAGACGGGGAGGGUAUAGAGGCAUUAGUAACAUAAGCAGGAGAGCUCACAACUUGACAGCAGGGACUCUCUAAUGAAUAACUGGACUGUACUGCAUAAGCACACCGGCAGGAAUAGCUUAUGUUUGGGUCUAAUCCCUCUGUUUGAGACUGUGACUCCUGAGGAUAUACAUGGAGGUACUGACAGGCGUACUGAGACACACUGUCCUGCAGCGAACAACCCCAAAAAGGAUCAUCUUGUCUUUUACAUGCAUUUUAACUUACAUUCAUCUGUAUUAUAGACUACUGAUCUGACUUUAGACAGGCAGUCUCAAUGCAAUCAUUGGAACCCAGAGGCUAUAAUUCAUGCUGCUGUUUAUCUGACACUGUACACCAUCAGUACGAUGCAUUUCACCAACACUUACUUGACUCAGCUGUUUAAUCUUGUGUCCACAGUCCCACAUGUUAAGAGGUGCAGGUUUUGUAAAUGAUAAAUGUAAAUAUGGACCCAAACAUGCUGAGAUAAUUAUGUCCCUCAAGAUUAAUGCAGAGUCUGCUGGUAAUUUGUAUAGAUUGUUUAAUUAUAACUGGGUUUCAGGACUGUGUUGACGGUGUCUCUCAGUAUGAGCAAGGAAAGAUGAUCGUACAUCUGACUUUUACCGUAAGCGCCUCAUUUUUCUGUUGAUUGUACAGAACAUUACCAUGACAAUAAAGCAGCCAGUCUUUUUCAUAUCGAAAUACA